GAGAUAUUUCUUUAGCUUUUGGUAAAGUGGAAAUUUCUUCUUGAGCUUUUUGUAAAAUGGAAAUUUCUUGGAAACUACAUCUCUAUCUCUUUCUUUCUUUCUCUCUAUAUAGGUCAUUUCAUUGAGGUGCUAAAACCCCUGACAUUUAUCUCAACAUCAGAAGGUGGUGAUCUUGGAAGCUAACAUCUCUCUCUAUAUAGGUCAUUUCAUUAAGGUGCUAAAAAUACAUAGAUGGCAUCUUCAUCAUCUUCUCCUUCUGCUCUAGCCUUUUCUACUCCUCUGUGGAAGUAUCAUGUUUUUCUUAGCUUUAGAGGGGAAGACACGCGUAAGACUUUUGUGGAUCAUUUGUACACAGCUCUUGUACAACAAGGGAUCUACACUUACAAGGACGAUGAAACACUUCCCCAUGGAGAAUCAAUCGGUCCUACCCUUAUGAAGGCUAUCGAAGAAUCACAGAUUGCCAUCAUUGUAUUCUCUAAAAAUUAUGCAGAUUCUUCAUGGUGCUUAGAUGAACUUGCAUAUAUUAUGAAAUGCAAGGAUACAAAAGGCCUAACCGUAAUGCCCAUAUUUUAUGACGUGGAGCCCUCUGCUGUACGAAAACAAAAACAAAAUUAUGGAAAAGCAUUUUUCAAACAUGGGUUAGAGAACAAUGACAAGGUUGGAUCUUGGAGGAAAGCACUAGUGGAUGCAAGUAACCUUUCUGGAUGGGAAACCAAACAAAUAGCCAACGGGCAUGAAGCACAAGGCAUCAAAGAAAUUGUUGACACAAUUACACAGAAGUUGCAUCUAGCAACUUCAAGUGCAAAUAAAGACCUGAUUGGAAUAGAGGCUCGUGUGCAAGAUUUUAAAUCAAAGUUACAAAUGGAUUCAUGUGGUGUGUGCAUGAUUGGAAUAUGGGGGGUUGGGGGUGGUGGUAAAACUACUCUUGCAUCUUACGUUUAUAGUGAAAUCUCUAGCAACUUUGAUGGUUCUUGCUUUGUUGAAAACAUUCGAGACGAAUCAAGCAAGUACGGUUUGCAAAAAUUGCAGGAAAAGAUUCUUAUAGAAGUGUUGAAACAAAAAGAAAUGGAAGUGCAUAGAGUUGAAGAAGGAAGAUGCAUGAUAAGGGAUAGGUUGUGCCAUAGAAAGGUCUUGAUUGUUCUUGAUGAUGUCGAUCACUUUGACCAACUAAAAGCGUUAGCUGGAUCACAUGAUUGGUUCGGCGAUGGAAGCCGAAUAAUAAUAACAACUAGAGAUGAGCAUUUGUUAAAUGCUCACAAAGUAGAUGUCAUACACAAUGUUAGCUUGUUAAAUGAUGAUGAGGCUAUUAAGCUCUUUAGCAAGCAUGCACUCCGGGAUUAUAGACCUAUGAAAGAUUUUGCGCUGCUUUCAAGUGAUGUGGUUUCUUAUGCUGGUGGCCUCCCAUUAGCACUUACGAUUCUGGGUUCUUUUCUGUGUGACAAAGACAUUAUUGAGUGGAGGAGUGCAUUAGCCAGACUGAAAGAGAUCCCAGAGUCUGAUAUUGUGGAAAAACUAAAAAUCAGCUAUGAUGGACUUAAACCGGUUGAGAAAGAGUUGUUCCUUGAUAUUGCAUGUUUCUUCAGUGGGGAGUAUAAAAAUGAAAGAUGGAGUUUUUGAUAUGCAUGAUCUGGUGCAAGAAAUGGGACACUACAUUGUUAGAGGGAAACACCCAAAAAAUCCUGAAAAACAUAGUAGAGUUUGGAAGAAGGAAGACCUUCUCAAAAUAUGUGCUAUGGAUGCGACGAAGGAACUUGACAUGGUUGAAGCAAUACAAUGCAAUAGUUAUGAUCUAGUAGAACCUGUUCCUCGGAUUAUUGCAAACAUGAAAAAUCUUCGGUGGAUUUAUUGGAGAGGUGACCUUGCGAGUCCGUUUCCUAGUAACUUUCUACCAAGUGAGCUUUGUUGUCUAACAUUGGAUGGCAUAUCGCAGAAACAACUUUGGAAGGGUUACAAGCAUUUGCUAAAUUUGAAAAUCAUGGAACUUGCUGAUUUGAAAAACCUAAUCAAGACACCAGAUUUUGAUGGACUUCCAAAUCUUGAAAGAUUUACUCUUCAUGUAUGUCACUGUUUAAAAGAGAUUCAUCCAUCGAUAGGACGCUUGGAAAGGCUUGUUUUCUUAUCUAUAAAAUAUUGUGCCAGUCUUAAGAUAUUUCCACCCUUAACCCGACUAAAGAAACUCGAGACCCUUUCAGUAUCACAUUGCCCCAAACUUGUUAAGCUCCUAGAGAUCCCACAAAACAUGGACAAAUUAUCAUAUCUUCAUUUGGAUAAUGGUGGGAAAGAAGUUGCAUCCUACAAAAAACCUUCAACAAACUUUUUGGUUACGUGGUGGAUGUGUGGUGAUGUAGAAGUUAAGAAACCACAGAAGGACCUCGAUGAUGUAGAAUGUAGUUUACAGGAGCCUUGUGUACCUCUCAACCACAUAAGAAAGUUGGAUCUUUCAUACUGCAGUGUGGGAGAUAAAGACAUUGACUAUGCUGUUUGGGAUUUACCCAACUUGGAAGAACUCAAUCUAUCAGGAAAUAAGUUUUCACGAUUAAGUUUUAGUAGCAUGCGGCUUCCCCGACUCAAAUGGCUCAACGUGUCAUACUGCAAACAACUUACAGAAUUGUCAGAGCUUCCAUCGAGUAUAGCUGUUGUGAAGGCGGAUUAUUGUAGGUCGCUUAAAAGCUUUGGAGAUAUUUCAAACUGUAAAUGGUUGUGGAAAGUCUCACUUUGGGGGGAGAACAAACUUGUUGGUGACAUAUUACUAGACUCCAUGCUCCAGGGAAAUGCUCUUGAAGAUCAUUUUAUCAGUGUUGCUCUUGAACGUCAGAUGAUUCCAAAGGGGUUUGUUGGUAGGCUCUUUAGGUGGAAAACAUUUGUACUGCAUCUUCCACAUGAUUGGUACAAUGACUUUUGUGGGUUCUUAAUAUGCUUUCUUACCAAAAUAAAUGCUCCAUAUCUUUACAUAAAAAUCGAGUGGGAGGUAGAUAAAGAUUCUCGAUCUGAGAUUUGUGAGGAGUCUAAUGAAGCACCGGGUGUUGAAUAUCAUGAAACAAAGACAUAUGUGGGAUAUGUUUCCUUUAGUUCAUUGAGGCACACAACAUUGUUGAAUUCCUCAUGCAAUAAGAUUUCAUUUUCCAUAGACAUGGGUUGCAGUUCGGCUGCAGCUCAGAGUAAUUUUGGAGUUGAGCUAGUUCCUAGGAAAAUUAAAGGUGAUGAGAUGCAGAAAACAGAUUGCUCCGAAUUUUGGGACAAAGAACUUGAGGAUGAAACUACAUUUAUGAUCCAACAUGAUUCACCUUCUUCUAUCAAGAUUUCAUGGCAACCUUACCUCUACCCACGGUUGCAGAAAUUGACACUGGAGGUGAAUGUACACAAUAUAAAAGAAAUGCAGACUUUCACGACAGUUGCCGCCCUUAUAGGGAACAGUACUUUUCUAUAGACAUGGAAAACAAAAAAUUGAUGUUGAAACAUUACAUGGCUUACUAUUCCAAAGGUGGUGUUAUUUGCUGAGUUAUUUGAUAGAUAUAGGAAGCAUAUAAGGAAAAGAUGCAUUAGGUACAUGUAUAUUGAAGUACGUUUCAAGAACUCAUGUGGGAAAUUGUCAAUGUACAAGAAAAGAUGCAGUAGGUAC